AUGGAGUUCAACUUUGUAUAUGUUCUACAAAAGGCAAUUAAGGGAAGAGCAUUGGCAGACUUUCUUGCCGAUCAUCCAUCACCUGAAAUUGAAUCACUAGUAUUUGAUGAGCUUGACUCGGCAGCCAUAUUCAUGACCCCAUGGACUUUAAUAUUUGAUGGGUCGAGUACUAAUGAAGGCUCAGGAGCUGGCAUAGUGCUAAUAUCCCCAACAAGGAACCAAAUUUCGUUUUCUUUCUUUUUGGAUUUCAGGUGCUCAAAUAAUCAAGCCGAGUAUGAAGCAUUGAUUAUCGGCUUGAAAAUUCUGCUAGAAAUGGCAGUCAAAGACGUCCACAUUAUGGGAGAUUCGAGUUUAGUGAUUAAUCAAAUCUCAGAAGACUUUAGAUGUUUGAAUUGGCAAUUAAGGCCAUUCCAUUUAAUGGCAACCCAAUUGGUCAACCAAUUUCAUAAUGUGACUUUGGAAUAUUGUGAUACCCCUUAA